UAAGUCACGGCUUCCGCCGGCACCAGUGGCCUAGCUCCCUGCGGCUGUCCUUGGUCGCGCUUGGCACCGGGCUGAAGCAGUCAAGAUGACCUUAUUUCAUCUUGUACGUGAGCACUGGGUUCAUAUAUUUGUCCCUGCGGGAUUUCUCUUCGGAUGUUAUCUAGACAGGAAGGAUGAUGAAAAGCUAACUGCCUUCCGGAAUAAGAGUAUGCUAUUUCGAAGGGAACUGAGGCCCAAUGAAGAAGUUACUUGGAAGUAAAAGCUGGUUAAAUCACAGAAUGUUCACAAUUUAAGAGUUAUUGGAGAAAUAAAAACGUUUAUUAUUAGAAGAA